AUGAAUGGAACAUUCGUUGCGCAGCUGAGGAAAGUCACGACCGCUUGGGAUGGCCCACAAAUACGCACCGCAGGUGGCCACCUCAUUACGCCAUCAGGACGAUGCACAGCGCGAGUGACUGUCAAAGGACACACCUAUCCUGCGACCUUUGUUGUGCUACCGCAAUGCUCCCGCGAAGUGAUCCUGGGCUUGGAUUUCCUUAGUGAGCAUCAGGCGAUCAUCGACCUGCGAUCCAAGCUGAUUACGCUUUCGACGAACGAGGCCAUCCCUUCGAUGAGAACUCUGGGAAAUCACUGUGCCCUGAGCAUCCUGAAAGAAGAAGUGAGCUUCCCACCCCGUUCAAGUGUUAUCGUGACCAUAGGUGCCAUGAAAGCCAUUAACUCUGAAGGCAUCAUCGAGGGGAACAGGCAGUUGCUUCUCGACAGAGGAAUCGGUAUCGCAAGAGGCAUCGCACAUUUCCGCAACGGCCAGACCGAAGUACUGCUUACUAACUUCAGCGAAGAAUACCGGCACAUUAACAAAGGAACGGCGAUUGCUUUCUUCGACGAAAUAUCCGACGUACGGGAUUCCUUCGCCCUCUCCGACCCAUCCGCAGAAGUUUCGUCUGACCGUGAGAACUCGCCCACUUUCGACAUCAACCCAGCCCUGCCCCAAAACAGACAAGACCAGAUCCGCAAUCUGCUUCAAAGUUACAGCCAGUGUUUUUCGUCAUCGCCAAAGGUCCGACAAACGCCCAUUGCCAAGCAUCGCAUUAUAACCGACCAGCACGCCCCACCUCUCCGUCAAAGCCCCUACCGUGUGUCGCCGCGAGAACGACAAGCCAUCCGGAACCAAGUAGAAGAAAUGCUUCGCGACGACGUCAUCCAGCCAUCAAACAGCCCAUGGGCUGCACCGGUUGUUCUAGUGAGAAAGAAAGACGGCGCACUUUGA